CUCAUGCUCUCUGAUAUCUACUAAUUCUGAGAGACGGAAAGGAGACUGCUUGUUUCCUUUAAAACUUGUUCGUUGGGCGUCCUGGCUCUCUUACUGACCUCCCCAUUGAUGAAAUCCAAGUGUUUUACUUCCUGGAAGUAGGCAUACUCCUUAGCGCCUCUCCGUGCUGGCAGCAAAUCGUGGUGUGGCUGUUGGCUGGUGAACUUGAACUUCCUCAAAAUGUGAAUCCUUGUGUCUAGUUUCCACAAAGCCUACAACACAGCAGUCACCUCAGGAUGAGCAGGAAAAGCUCUUGGAUGAAGCCAUACAGGCUGUGAAGGUCCAGUCAUUCCAGAUGAAGAGAUGCCUGGACAAAAACAAGCUUAUGGAUGCUCUGAAACAUGCUUCUAAUAUGCUUGGUGAACUCCGGACUUCUAUGUUAUCACCAAAGAGCUACUAUGAACUUUAUAUGGCUAUUUCUGAUGAACUGCACUACUUGGAAGUUUACCUGACAGAUGAGUUUGCUAAAGGAAGAAAAGUGGCAGAUCUCUAUGAACUUGUACAGUAUGCUGGAAACAUUAUCCCAAGGCUUUAUCUGUUGAUCACAGUUGGAGUUGUAUAUGUCAAGUCAUUUCCUCAGUCCAGGAAAGAUAUUUUGAAAGACUUAGUAGAAAUGUGCCGAGGUGUGCAGCACCCCUUGAGAGGUCUAUUUCUUCGAAAUUAUCUACUUCAGUGUACCAGAAACAUCUUACCUGAUGAAGGAGAGCCAACAGAUGAAGAAACAACUGGUGAUAUCAGUGAUUCCAUGGAUUUUGUACUACUCAACUUUGCAGAAAUGAACAAGCUCUGGGUUCGAAUGCAGCAUCAGGGACAUAGCCGAGAUAGAGAAAAAAGAGAACGAGAAAGACAAGAACUAAGAAUUUUAGUGGGAACAAAUUUGGUGCGCCUCAGUCAGUUGGAAGGUGUAAAUGUGGAACGUUACAAACAGAUUGUUUUAACUGGCAUAUUGGAGCAAGUUGUGAAUUGCAGGGAUGCUUUGGCUCAAGAAUAUCUCAUGGAGUGUAUUAUUCAGGUUUUCCCUGAUGAAUUCCACCUUCAAACUUUGAAUCCUUUUCUUCGGGCCUGUGCUGAGUUACACCAAAAUGUAAAUGUGAAAAACAUAAUCAUUGCUUUAAUUGAUAGAUUAGCUUUAUUUGCUCACCGUGAAGAUGGACCUGGAAUUCCAACAGAUAUUAAACUUUUUGACAUAUUUUCACAGCAGGUGGCUACAGUAAUACAGUCUAGACAAGACAUGCCUUCAGAGGACGUUGUAUCUUUACAAGUCUCUCUCAUUAAUCUCGCUAUGAAGUGUUAUCCUGAUCGUGUGGACUACGUUGAUAAAGUUCUAGAAACAACAGUGGAGAUAUUUAAUAAGCUCAACCUUGAACAUAUUGCUACCAGUAGUGCAGUUUCAAAGGAGCUCACCAGACUUUUGAAGAUACCUGUUGACACUUACAACAAUAUUUUAACAGUCUUGAAAUUAAAACAUUUUCACCCACUCUUUGAGUACUUUGACUACGAGUCCAGAAAAAGCAUGAGUUGUUAUGUGCUUAGUAAUGUUCUGGAUUUUAACACAGAAAUUGUCUCUCAAGACCAGGUGGAUUCCAUAAUGAAUUUGGUAUCCACAUUGAUUCAGGAUCAGCCAGAUCAACCUGUAGAAGACCCUGACCCAGAGGACUUUGCUGAUGAGCAGAGCCUUGUGGGCAGAUUCAUUCAUCUUCUACGGUCUGAGGACCCUGAUCAGCAGUACUUGAUUUUAAACACAGCACGAAAACAUUUUGGAGCUGGUGGAAAUCAACGGAUUCGCUUUACACUGCCACCUUUGGUAUUUGCAGCUUACCAGCUGGCUUUUCGCUACAAAGAGAAUUCUAAAGUGGAUGACAAAUGGGAAAAGAAAUGCCAGAAGAUUUUUUCAUUUGCUCACCAGACGAUCAGUGCUUUGAUCAAAGCAGAGCUGGCAGAAUUACCCUUAAGACUUUUUCUUCAGGGGGCUCUAGCUGCUGGAGAAAUUGGUUUUGAAAAUCAUGAAACAGUAGCAUAUGAAUUUAUGUCCCAGGCAUUUUCUCUGUAUGAAGAUGAAAUCAGCGAUUCCAAAGCACAGCUGGCUGCCAUCACCUUGAUCAUUGGUACUUUUGAGAGGAUGAAGUGCUUCAGUGAAGAAAAUCAUGAACCCUUGAGGACUCAGUGUGCUCUUGCUGCAUCCAAACUUCUGAAGAAACCUGAUCAGGGCCGAGCUGUGAGCACCUGUGCACAUCUCUUCUGGUCUGGCAGAAACACAGACAAAAAUGGGGAGGAGCUUCACGGAGGCAAGAGGGUAAUGGAAUGCCUAAAGAAAGCUCUAAAAAUAGCAAAUCAGUGCAUGGACCCCUCUCUACAAGUGCAACUUUUUAUAGAAAUUCUGAACAGAUAUAUCUAUUUUUAUGAAAAGGAAAAUGAUGCGGUCACGAUUCAGGUUUUGAAUCAGCUUAUCCAAAAGAUUCGAGAAGACCUCCCAAAUCUUGAGUCCAGUGAAGAAACAGAACAGAUUAACAAACAUUUUCAUAACACACUGGAGCAUUUGCGCUUGAGGCGGGAAUCACCGGAAUCUGAGGGGCCACUUUACGAGGGUCUCAUCCUUUAGAAAGGAGCCCAGCUCACCAUGCUCCUUUCCAUGUACAUCCAGUAAGGGUUUUAUUAUACUAGGCUUCCCUUCCAUAGAUUGUGCCUUUCAGAAAUGCUGAGGUAGGUUUCCCAUUUCUUACCUGUGGUGUGUUUUACCCAGUACCUCCAGACACUCACCUUCAAGACCUUAAUAAAAUUAUUCACUUCAUAAGUGUUCAGGUCUGUCUGAUCACCCUAAGUAGCAUGAUUGAUCUGCUAUUUUAAAUUCCUGCGGUCUGUUUAAAAAAAACAAACAAAAAAAGCCAAAAAAACCCCACUUAUCUCUGUGACUAAUGAAGCUCUCCUUCCUUUUUUUCUGUUUUGUUUCAUUGUUGAGUGUGUAAUUUCCUUCAUUACUUGGGAGUACUAAUCAGAAAGUGUCUGUCUCUCUGUUCUGAGAUUAAUUUAGAGGAAAGGAAUACUGUUUGUGAAAUUCAGCUUGGGCUUCUCCUGAAAUGCAAGAUAAGGCCAUGUGUAAUAUUUUCCCUAAAAUUAGAGUAUAUUAAUGCAUGUUUGAGAAUUUUAAAGCACCAUGGUCUAAACCAGAAGCUAUAUUUUGCAUAUUUGGACUCAGCCAUCCAUUAAGAACUUAGGUUGUCCUCUGGAUGUAUUUAUCAAAAUAAUUUUGUUCUAAAUAGUAUAAAAUAGAAAAUUUGUGAUCUAUAUAAUUUAUGUAUAACCUUCAUUGUUGUAAAUUUAGGGGGAAAUGCAUCAUACAAUUAUGAUUUUUUUUUUUUUCCACCAGUGAAACAAUAAAAGUUGCUAUUAACAGUU